AUAGCAAUACACAGCUUUGCGUAACCAAUACAGGAAGGCAUUUAAAGGCGCCUCUGCCGCCACAGACCUUGCAGUUAACUCCGCCCUGACCUACGCUUCUUAAUGCAGUUCCUGAUGCAGGCUCCCUUCCUGAUCGCCCUGGGCUUGCUUUUCGCGGCCCCUGCGCAAGCCUACCUGAAAAAGCUCGGUAGCUUCUCCUGGGAUAACUGUGAUGAAGGAAAGGACCCUGCGGUGAUCAGAAGCCUGACUCUGGAGCCUGACCCCAUCAUCAUUCCUGGGAAUGUGACCCUCAGUGUCGUGGGCAGCACCAGUGUUCCUCUGACUUCUCCUCUGAAGUUGGAAUUAGUUCUGGAGAAGGAAGUGGCUAGCCUCUGGAUCAAGAUCCCAUGCACAGACUACAUUGGCAGCUGUACCUUUGAAAACUUCUGUGAUGUGCUUGACAUGUUAAUUCCUACUGGGGAGCCCUGCCCAGAGCCCCUGCAUACCUAUGGGCUUCCUUGCCACUGUCCCUUCAAAGAAGGAACCUACUCACUGCCCAAGAGCGAAUUUGUUUUGCCUCACCUGGAGCUGCCCAGUUGGCUCACCACCGGGAACUACCGCAUAGAGAGCGUCCUAAGCAACAGUGGGAAGCGUCUGGGCUGCAUCAAGAUUGCUGCCUCUCUAAAGGGCAUAUAACGUGGCAUCUGCCACAGCAGAAUGGAGCAGUGUGAGGAAGGUCCCUUUUCCUCUGUUUUGUGUUUGCCAAGGCCAAACUCCCCCUCUCUGCCCCGCUUUAAUCCUCUUUCUACAAUGAGUCUGCUACCCUCACUGAAAAUCAUUUUGUGCCACUUAUAUUUUAGGCUGGGGCAAGCAGCCCUGACCUAAGGGAGGAUGAGUUGGGCAGUUCUUGAUAGCCCAGGGCAUCUGCUGGGCUGACCACGUUACUCAUCCCGGUUAACAUUCGCUCUUUCUCUCUAAAGAGCCUCGUUCAUUUCCAAAGCACUUAAGGAAUGGGAACCAGAGUGUUUUAGGACCUGAAGAAUCUUUAUAACUUUCUCUCUCUCACUCUUUUUUUUUUUUGUCACUAAGUUAAAAGCAAAGUGAGAGUAUUAACAUUUUUGUUCUCCUCCAACCCCCUGUUAAAUGAAGGGGCGAAAGUAUUUGCUCUUAGUCUAUUCCUCCCUUAACUUCUGUGACUAAUUUUAAUUUCCUUUCUAGAUUUUCCCAAUUAAUACUAGGGUGCAGUGUAUCCUGGAGAGGUAGGGUGUCGGGGGGAGGAAUCCCUUGGGGGAGAUAUUAGGGGUGCUCCGUUGUUUACAAACUCAGGUACCCGCAGGGCUUAGCAAGAGACUUAAAUGAGUGACAAGAACCUUGAGAAACAAGUUGCUUCCAGGCUUGAUUUCGACUUUUCCCUUUUUUUUUGGAGACAGAGUCUCACUUUGUCACCAGGCUGGAGUGCAGUGGCGCAAUCUCAGCUCACUGCAACCUCUGCCUCCUGGGUUCAAGCGAUUCUCCUGCCUCAGCCUCCCAAGUAGCUUGGACUACAGGCGCCCACCAUCACGCCUGGCUAAUUUUUGUAUUUUUAGUACAGAUGGGGUUUCACCGUGUUGGUCAGGAUGGUCUCGAUCUCUUGACCUCAUGAUCUGCCCACUUGGCCUUGGAAAGUGCUGAAUUACAGUUGUGAGCCACUACGCCCAGCUGAUUUUUCCUUUUUGAUUAAAGAUACUAUUACAAUGUAAAUAUUUCUUAUACAGAAAGUCACAGCACAUGUGCCCAUUGAUACAAGGCCGCUGAGGCCUGGUCUCCACUUGGAAAUAUAAUUAAGGGUGACAAGGACUGGAGUAAGUUGGAGAGUGCAUAGCCAGUCUGUGAAGACAACUGCUACCUAGCUAUGACCAGUCAGUGCCACACAAGAAUGGUGUGGGCCCAGUAUUAUCAGAUACUGGCAAUACUUCAGCCUGGUGACAGAGUGAGACUCUUGUCUCAAAAAAAAA